AUGAAGCCCUUUAGAACUUGGGGGGCAAUGUUCAAGACUGAGAAGCUCAAUAUGGAGAAGGUUCGCAUUGGGCUACAACAAGACCAUGCAUCAUUCCAAACAUCCCUUACUUUGCAGAUUACAAAGCUUCAGGAUGAUUUGGCAGUGGAAAGUAAAGUAAUGGAUGCCCUUGCGAGGAAGAUAGAAAAGGUCAAGGAGUUAGAUACUAAACUUCAAAAGUCUAAGAAACGGGUCCAAGAUUUGUUAUCAGAGAAGCAGUGCGAACUGGCAUUACUUAUGUCACCAGUUUGCUCUCUGAUAUCAUUGAGACCAAGGACUCAAUGA